UUGCAUGUCGGCGCAGUUAUGGAGUGACACCCACCGCAGCACAGAAAAAAAAAAAAAACAAAACACCCGUAGCUACGAUGUUGCGCCGACCGUUUUUCUAAUAACGUUAUCCGAUUAAGCGACACGGUUUGUUUUGUUUUGUUUUGUUUUGAAAUGAUCGGGCUGCUCCAGUGAGCGUGUAGAGGUCGUUUUAUGAGGGCGACGAGGUGUUAGUCCGUAAACUCCGGCUUUGGGGAGUGUGUAGCCGGAGAUUUUUUGGGGUGGGGGGGAUUACAGCGGGUGGAGCCGUGUUUGGUGGGCGCGCGGCGGAUUUACUGUUUACUAGAUAGUAGAUCUAGUUUCAAUGGGUCUACAUUACACACGACUACAACCGAGACCGGAUGCAUGUGUGUAAAUGAUCAGAGAGAUAGAGAGAGAGACAGUGUGUCCUUCGAGGUGCUGCUACGCCCCGUCCGUUCUCUCUGACUCGGGUGGCAUCCAUCCAUCCAUCCAUCCAUCCAUAGAUCAUUAGAUCCAUAGCUGUGGAAGCGGACGUAUUUAUUUCCGGUCACCUAGCCUGCAUCCUCUGCGGACAUCAUGGGGAAUACGACCUCCUGCUGCGUGUCCUCGAGUCCCAAACUGCGGCGAAACGCCCAUUCUCGCCUGGAGCCUUACCGACCGGAAGCGGAGCUGAGCCGCGAGGACACGGGCUGCAACCUGCAGCACAUCAGCGACCGCGAGAACAUCGACGAGCUGAACAUGGAGUACAACCCGUCAGAUCACCCGCGCGCCAGCACCAUCUUCCUCAGCAAGUCUCAGACAGACGUUGUUCCAUCCAGCAAGAAAGUUCGGGAAAAGAGGAAAAGCAUGUAUGUGAACCACCAACACCCAUCUGGUCCAAUGAGACGCAAGUACAGCUCCUGCUCGACUAUCUUCCUGGAUGACAGCACGGUCAGCCAACCCAAUCUCAAAUACACCAUCAAAUGUGUUGCUCUUGCCAUCUACUACCACAUAAAGAACAGAGAUGUAGAUGGACGAACGGUGUUGGACAUAUUUGAUGAGAAGCUUCAUCCGCUGUCGAAGUCGGAGGUUCCAGCGGAUUACGAUAAACACGAUCCGGAGCAGAAGCAGAUCUACCGGUUCGUCCGGACGCUCUUCAGCGCCGCGCAGCUCAUGGCCGAGUGCGCCAUCGUCACGCUGGUGUAUCUGGAGCGGUUGUUAACCUACGCUGAGAUUGAUAUCUGUCCUGCUAACUGGAAGAGGAUCGUCCUGGGAGCCAUUUUGUUGGCGUCUAAAGUGUGGGAUGAUCAGGCCGUGUGGAACGUGGACUACUGUCAGAUCCUCAAAGACAUCACCGUAGAGGACAUGAACGAGCUGGAGAGACAGUUUCUGGAGCUGCUGCAGUUUAACAUCAACGUGCCGUCGAGUGUUUAUGCGAAGUACUACUUUGAUCUGCGCUCGCUGUCUGAGGCCAACAACCUGAACUUCCCUCUGGAGCCUCUGAGCAGAGACAAGGCCCAGAAACUAGAGGCGAUCUCCAGGCUCUGCGACGACAAGUACAAAGACUUGAGAAAAGCGGCCAAGAAGCGGUCAGUGAGUGCGGACAAUCUCGCGGUGGUGCGGUGGUCCCCCGCCAUCAUCUCCUAACAGUGGUUCGGGGACGCUGAGGAACGAUCCAGCGACAGACGGAGAGACUGUCCUCAAAAUCGUCCUCUUCCUCCAUCUGCUCCAGACAAAAACCUGGUGGAUUUUACCUUCCACACGUGUCUUUGUUGUUCUGAUGGCUGCUGUAAAUACAGGACACCAGGACAGGACUCUAAAACCCUGAUAGAGGGAGGAAGGAGAGAGAGCAGCAAAUGGAUUGGGGUGUGAGGAACGUCUUGUGUGAAGGGGUUGGAAAAGCAUUCCAGCAACUCUGUGUGUCUUAUAUGAUUGCCAUUUCUCAGCUUGUUCUGUUACGAGUUACGCGUUUCGAUUUAUUUUUUUUUUCCUUUGAAGGUUUGUUUCUUCUAGGUCUUCUCUGAAGCACAGGGACACAUCUGACCCGACAGUAAUUCAAUAAUCAGCCCAAAAUAAGCCACUCGGGAAAUCUACAGCUCUUCCAGUCACGUCGUGAAAGUUGGUCUAAAUUACAUUUUUAUGCUUUCGAGUCAAGCAGGUGUCAGGAACCUGUCGAUAGAGUGAAAUAUCACAAUAAGCCUCAGCCUCACGCUGUCAGAAAUAAAGCUGCAUGACUGUACUUUUCCUCGCGGUUCAAAAGGUGUACCCUUGACGGUGCCACCCGAGGGACAAGGAACAGUACGGUUUAAUCCUCUUACGCAAGGGGUCAUAUGUAUCGUACACGUUUCUGGCCACAAGCUUCAAAAUCCUGAACGUCGUAAUCUGAUUGGCUAUCCACACUUCCAGAGGUAAACAAACCUACGGAUACAGGAGACUCGCUGAGGUUUUCCGGUCACGAUCUCGUCACUCGAUUGAAAAUAGUUCAAAGUUCAUGACAUCGUGGCUUUUAAAAAAAAAAAAAAAAAAGAAAAAGUUUUUUGUUGUUUUUUUUUUCUUUGAGUAAACAAGAUGCGUCCGUAUGUUUGCAGACAGGCUCAGAGGAAAGAAUCUGUGGCAGUUCCGUUCUGUACUCUCAGUCCAAAUGGAUGUUGGCCCAGAAGUGCAAAACACGUCAACAGACUAAAUACACGAACGCGAAACAAAAACCACUGCGAGAGCAAAACCAGAAAACACGAGCGCAAAUCCGAAAUCGCAACGGAUCCCGGAAAGCGACCGAUCAGGACGGGCGAACGGCAAAUUCGGGAAGCGCAACAGAAAAUAGGAAGACACGACGUCAAGCCGAUAACACUGGAGCAAGUUCAGGAAAUGCUGACGGCAAAGUCAGAAUAGAGUUCAGCAAAUCAAAAAUGCAACAGAAAUGUUGAAAACGAAAACACGCCGGAAAUCCAGACAACCCGACAGGAAAUAACAGAAAACCAAACGUCACACCAGAAAACGCAACGGCACAUUCGGAAAUGGUAAAAUGGCGCGCUUAUGUAGCGCUUUUAUCCAGAGCGCUUUACACUGUGUCUCAUUCAGCCAUUCACACACACACACACACACACACACCAGCGGUAGCAGAGCUGCCACGCAAGGCACUAACUUGCCAUCGGGAGCAACUUGGGGUUCAGUGUCUUGCCCGAGGACACUUCGGCAUGUGGAGUCACGUGGGCCGGGAAUCGAACCUCCAACAAUACGAUUAGUGGAUGACCCGCUCUACCACCUGAGUCACAGCCGCACACGUUCUGAAACAAAUUCAGAAAACGUAACAGAUUAUUCAGAAAACGUAAAAUUAUUCAGAAAACGUAAAAUUAUUCAGAAAACGUAAAAUUAUUCAGAAAACGUAACAGAUUAUUCAGAAAACGUAACAGAUUAUUCAGAAAACGUAACAGAUUAUUCAGAAAACGUAACAGAUUAUUCAGAAAACGUAAAAUUAUUCAGAAAACGUAACAGAUUAUUCAGAAAACGUAAAAUUAUUCAGAAAACGCAACAACGAAUUCAGAAAACACAACAAAUUAUUCAGAAAACGUAAAAUUAUUCAGAAAACACAACAAAUUAUUCAGAAAACGUAAAAUUAUUCAGAAAACGCAAAGCACGUGAUGUUCAGUAAGGACCUCCGCUUUCCACUUUGCCUCGAUGUUGAUACGGCCCUGAGUUUGCUGUCGCGUCUUUGGUUUGUUAGCGCGGUUUGCACUCUCACCGGCGCACGAAUGAACUCUCUACUUCAUAACGUUGUUUUUUUCCUCAUAUGUUCUCAUCGUGUCAGUCAUUUCAACCCAAACGUCGGCGGAAUCCACGCUGUCAGACGGUGAUGUUAACACUGUGUGCGCUGAAAUGCAGCCGACAAGCCGGUGUUUCUUCGCUCUGCUAGAGGAAAUAUCAGGUGCUGUGAGGAGAGUUAGCUAGUGAAGUUAGCUAGCUAGUGAGCAGCAGGCAAGAUUGAGCAAAUAAUGAGGCAACAUGUGUAAUUAAUACACAGCACAGCUUUCUCGCACUUUGUUCUGACCCACGCUUCCCAGGGUCUCAAAUCUGCUUGGUUAGAGUUCCCACAAUUUAUGACCCGCUACCAGAACCUUUCGCGUUUAAGUGACGAACCUUUAUUUUUUAUUUUUUUUUUUUUUUCUGCUCGCUCGUUCAGUUUGUUCGCUGAUUUAAUUACUGGAAAUUCCCUCAUCAUUACUGGUGUCUUAUCUCACCACUAAUCACCACUUGACAAUACUGGUCAUAUUAUAUUUAGCAUCUAAUCGUUAUUUACUUUCAAAUUGAUUUCACGAUUUGGGAUAAUCAGCAGAAAAAUGUAAAUCUUCAGAAAUUAGACCUUUUAAAAAAAAAAAAAAAAAAAAAAAAAAAAGGCGGUGAGCGAUGUGACCGAACUAUCAUCGCGAAAGCCGAGGACGUUUCUACGAUACGCGAUGUGUACCGCGAUAUAUAACUUGGCUGACGGACUGUCCGUAGUAAAUUAAACACAAGAAUUUUCUUCAAUGCCUGCGAAUACAAAGAAGAUUAAGUUUUAUUAAAAAACGUAAAGAAAAAAUACGUCACCGUACCAACGAUAUCUCAGACGAGUGUAUCGCGUAAUCAUUCAUCACGAUAUCGAUAUUAUAUCGAUAUAUCGCCCAGCCCUAUCUCGAUAUCAGAUGAUUACGAGAGGAUCCCUGAUGCUGUAAACAUGCUGCUCGAGGCAAAUCAGAGGCGCUCCAAUGGUUCUGUGUUAAAGCAGGAACCCCACAGGGGAGAUUGGAUGCCGUCCAGGUCUUAUUUCCAGGCGUCCUGAUGUUUCGUCCUCCAUUAAAGGCCACAGUCUAAUAAAUAAAUGAAUAAAUAACUAAAAGCCACGGAGACCGUGUGUUAUGUAGGAAGGUGGAAAUGCAGCGUUCCGGUUCUCUCUGUUGAAUCUGAUGGCUGAAGAAAUGGACUGAUUUUUUUUUUUUUUUUUUUUUUUCUCAAGACAUUCCUUUUCGGUAUCGUUUGAAAAUAUAUAUAUAUUAUGAUGAUAAUAAUUGCACACCCUCGGCGCGUAUGUUGUGAUGGGCGUGAUGAAUCAACUCCGUUUGAUAAAAGCCGACCUCGUUUCAGACUCGAACACCAAGCAAUACGCAGAUUCCAGAGAGAUGGACACUUCUCCUCAAACAGACGUUUCAUAUCUCGUUAAGUAUCGUUUCAUUCGGUGUGUUCGCGAGUGGACGUGGCGAAAUGAUUAUAAUGAUUUUCAUUUGAUGUUUCUUUUGGAGUACUGAAUGUUCUAUUAAAUUUCGUUUGAUGCUCUACA